AUGGCUCCGAAUUUGGAAUGUCGCAUGUACGAGGCACGAUACCCAGAAGUAGACAUGGCAGUGAUGAUACAGGUCAAGAACAUAGCCGACAUGGGUGCUUACGUUUCACUUCUCGAAUACAACAACAUCGAGGGUAUGAUUCUGUUCUCCGAACUCUCUCGCCGUCGAAUUCGUAGUGUUAGCAGUCUCAUCAAGGUGGGUAGAAUUGAACCGGUGAUGGUUCUUCGUGUUGAUAAGGAAAAGGGUUACAUCGAUCUCAGUAAACGUAGGGUUUCUGAAGAAGAUAUUCAAGCUUGUGAAGAAAGGUAUAAUAAGAGUAAACUUGUUCACUCUAUUAUGCGUCAUGUUGCUGAAACCUUGAAUCUCGAUUUAGAGGACCUUUAUAUUCACAUUGCUUGGCCUUUGUACCGCAAAUAUGGACACGCCUUUGAGGCUUUCAAAAUAGUUGUGACUGAUCCGGAUACAGUUUUGAGCACACUUAUGCGGGAAAUUAAGGAAGUUGGUCCUGAUGGACAAGAGGUGACCAAGGUGGUACCUGCUGUUUCUGAAGAAGUGAAGGAUUCUCUAGUGAAGAACAUUAGAAGACGGAUGACCCCUCAGCCAUUGAAAAUCAGGGCGGAUAUUGAAAUGAAAUGUUUUCAAUUUGAUGGAGUUAUCCACAUUAAGGAGGCAAUGCGGAAGGCUGAAGCUGCUGGAAAUGAGGACUGUCCUGUGAAAAUUAAACUUGUUGCUCCCCCACUUUAUGUGCUUACCACUCAGACUCUUGACAAGGAGCAAGGAAUAUUGGUUCUCAACAAUGCCAUUACCUGCUGCACUGAAUCAAUAGAAAAACACAAGGGUAAACUUCUGGUGAAGGAGGCAGCCAGAGCGGUGAGUGAACGCGAUGAUAAACUGCUUGCUGAACAUAUGGCUAAGCUACGCCAAGACAAUGAAGAGGUCAGUGGUGACGAAGACAGUGAAGAGGAAGAAGAUACUGGAAUGGGUGCAGUUGAUGUGGACAAUGGUAAUGCGAUAACUGAGUGA